GAGAUAGACUGGCAGACCCUGAGGAUUGAAGCGGACGCCGUGAAGACAGAGAAGACAAACUACGUCUCCACGCCGGUCCGCCUGAUCACCAACCAGUCACGCAUCAGGAUCGUCAUCAAGAAACAGCUGCAGGACUGCAGCGUGGUGUCCUCCAAACUGCACCUGAUUCUGGACGACCUUCUGUGGGUUCUGACGGACAGCCAGCUGAAGGCCAUGGCAUCCUACAUGCAGUCUCUCAGCAAAAUCAUCCGCAAGUCGACCGAACAGAACAAGAGAGAUGCCUCGGCCCAGCCUUCACCACCCUCUCCGCAGCACCACGCCACGCAGCGCCCCCACACGGCCACCAGCGGUACUGCGCAGCGGAACCCCCAGCUGGAGGCCGUCAGCAAGUUCUUCAGCAAGUUUGACAUGGUGGAGACGUCUUACCACAUCUUCACUCGCCGCUUAGACCUGCACCUGUGUGACGAUACGAACCCGCUGGAGCAAG